CUUUCUACACUUUGCUUCACUUUCUCUCUCAAAAAAUUCUCUCACUUUCUCACACAUUCCCAGAAAACCCAUCUUCAAAAGCAGAAAAUUUUCCCCUCAAGAAAGUGGUUUUCCUUACCACAAGAACAUACAGAUUCAUUUCUCUUCUCUCAAAUCUUCACUAUUCAAUUCAAGAAACGGGUUCAAAGAUUUUCCUCAGAAAAUCUGAUCCCUCUCUCUCUCUCUCUCUCUCUCUCUCUUCCUGAAUGCUCUAAGUUAUCCUUAAAGAGAAAGUAGUCCUCCAACAACUGAAAAAAACAAUUUUCUUGGAAAUUCAAGAAAAGGGUUUGAAAAUUUUUCUCGGGAAAGUGACUGCCAGAUUUGAAUUUUAAGAAAAGGCAAUGUGGAACAACAAGAAGAUUUUUCCGGCGAGGGGAUUUUCUACGCCACCGCUAUCACGGAAGCCGAGGCCAGCAAUGCCUAUGUCAGAGAGGAAGAGGUCGUCCCCUGCGAAUGAAAGUGAUCCUUUCCAUGUUAUACAUAAAGUGCCUGCUGGUGAUUCUCCCUAUGUCAGGGCUAAACAUGUUCAGUUGAUAGACAAGGAUCCAAGUAAGGCAAUUUCCCUGUUCUGGUCUGCCAUAAAUGCUGGGGACCGGGUUGAUAGUGCCUUGAAAGACAUGGCAAUUGUGAUGAAACAACUGGAUCGAUCUGAUGAGGCAAUUGAGGCUAUCAAAUCUUUUCGUCAUCUCUGCUCUUAUGAUUCUCAGGAAUCUCUUGACAAUGUGUUAGUUGAACUCUACAAGAGAUCUGGAAGGGUUGAAGAAGAGAUUGAAAUGCUUCAGCUCAAACUGAAGCAUAUUGAAGAAGGUACAGCUUUUAGUGGAAGGAGGGCAAAGACAGCUAGGUCUCAAGGGAAGAAGGUUCAAAUCACUGUCGAACAGGAAAUUUCAAGAAUACUUGGGAACUUGGCCUGGGCUUACUUGCAGCAAAAAAAUUAUAGUUCUGCCGAAGAACAUUACAGAAAAGCUCUCUCUCUGGAGCCAGAUAGGAACAAGCAGUGCAAUUUGGCUAUCUGCUUGUUGCACAUGAACAGGAUUGCAGAAGCAAAAUCUCUGCUUCAGGCUGUAAGAGCUUCAUCUGGAAAUAGACCAAUGGACGAGUCUUAUGCCAAGUCUUAUGAACGUGCUCUUCAGAUGUUGACUGAACUCGCGCCACAAGUGCAAGUAUCUUUCACAUUGCCCGUCAACAGAAACUCAAAAGAAGUUAAUAGCUUUGCUGGUGGAGGCCAGUAUUCUGGUUCUGCAUUCAUGGGCUGUAGAAUGAAGGAAAAUUGGGUUGGUUCAGCCGGAAUAGAAGCAACCCCUGCUUGCAAAAGUACAUACUCUUCCCCUACUCCUACUAGAAAGAAUCUGAAUGUUCCAUUUACACAGCCGAGAAGAUGUUCAUGGGGAUUUAGUAAUGGACAGCAGAGAAGGGAAAUCUGGGGAGAAAAUUCAGUUCGCAGUGCAAGUCGCAAACUGUCAUUUGAGCCAUAUACAACCACUGAAAAUGUACAAGCACAGGCAAUUCAAGACGUUAAUGGAGCCUUACUAGCUUCACCUUCCCCUGUUAAUGGAGACUGGAGGAGGUCAUGCAGAGAUCUGGCCAAAUUGAAAGAUGAAUCAGUGAUAAAUUUUACAUCACAACCCUGCAUAAUGAGUGUAGGCCAGAGGAGGUUCGAUAGUUAUGCCCAAAUUAAAGAUGAAACAGCUACAGAGUAUGAUUCACAGCGUGUUGUUAAUCCAAGCUGGAGAAGGGAUUUUUGUGAGGGUCGUGAGACAAAGAAAUUUGCAAUGGGAGAUAGUAAUUUAAGUCUUCAAGUGGCUGUAGAACCACCAAUGGUUGUUGAUCAUGUAAGAACAUUAGAACCUUCCAUUUAUGGAGAGAAGGAUCAGAGUUCUGGAACUUCUGUUUCAGGCUGCGAGAAAACAAUGACUACUUGUGGAGAAGAAUGUUUCAGAAAGAGUAGCCCUGGUAUAUCAGAUGAUCUCCAUCAACCUACCACAGAAAAUCCAAAGUCAGAUCAUGAUAAUUGUAAGAAAAGCUGGGCAGAUAUGGUUGAGGAAGAAGAACAAGAAUUAUUAAGUGGAAUAAAUUUAAUGGAGUAUAAUGAUGGCUGGAAUAGUGAAGAUGAAUUCAAUGAUGAAAAUCUGGAUUCCAACUUAAUUGGUCAAAGUCCUUAUCCACAGAGCCAGAUUAAAAGUUUAAGCUGCAAGUUUGAAUCAUUUGAUCUUAAAGAUGAAUCAUCUGGGGUUUCUGUUUCAUCAAGGAAUCUAGCAGCAAGGCGCUCUUUGUGUUUUGAUCAGCAGCAGAAGCCAGAAUCAAAAGAUUAUUUCUGUUCAUCACCAUUGCCAAAGAAGGCUUUGAACUUUGAAGGCUGUAUGUCUGUGCAGGCAAAUGGAAGGGAUUCUAUAUCUAGGGGAAACAAAAAAAUGAUAAGGAGAAACAGGCUACAGGUUUUCCAGGACAUAACUCCUCUUCCAGAAAGUCCAUGAAGCUCGCAGAAAUAAGAACCAGUUUUAGAGAGAGUGGAUCUCCAUAUAGAAAUUGCUGUGUUUUGAAAAUUUUACUUUGAUGUUGGAGUUAAAAAGAGGGUCUCUGUGAUUCCUUAUUCCUUUUUUCCUGCUCAUUCUGUUUGUGUUGCCUUCAAGCUUUGUAUAUCUGCUACAGUCUAUACAUACAUCUGUUUACUGUAAAGAGUUUUCCAAUUGAUGUAUAUAGCUCUGUUUGAUGUGUGUGUCUUCAUUAAGCUUCAGAUAUUUGCUACACGUUCAUCUUUGUAUA